CGGAGAGGGAGAGCCCAACCCCGGCGGCGGGAUGGAGGGAGGCGGGGACUGGAGGGGUUGCCUGAUAGGGGGGAAGCGAAGGGGUGUAACCUGGAAUAACCUGGAAGACGUGACCCAUACCGAGCCAGAUUCAGGGGAGACCUCCCCUCCCUCUGCAGCUACCAGCCUGAGCCAUGGGCUGUCGAGCUCUCCAGCUUCUGCUUCUGGCUUUCCUGGCGCUCGGGGCCGCCUUAGCCGUCCGGCCGGCCCUAAGGGCCCUCGGCAGCCUGCACUUGCCAACCAACCCCACCUCUCGCCCCGCUGUGGCCAAGAACUACUCGGUUCUCUACUUCCAACAGAAGGUUGAUCAUUUUGGGUUUAAUACUGAGAAAACUUUUAAACAGCGGUACCUAAUAGCUGACAAACAUUGGAGGAAAGAUGGAGGAACAAUACUUUUCUACACUGGUAAUGAAGGGGACAUUAUCUGGUUUUGUAAUAAUACGGGAUUCAUGUGGGACGUGGCUGAGGAACUGAAAGCUAUGUUGGUGUUUGCUGAACAUCGGUACUAUGGAGAGUCCCUACCCUUUGGUAACAACUCAUUCAAGGAUUUCAGACACUUGAAUUUUCUGACAUCAGAACAAGCUCUGGCCGAUUUUGCAGAGUUAAUCAAACACUUGAAAAGAACAAUCCCAGGAGCUGAAAAUCAACCUGUCAUUGCCCUAGGGGGCUCUUAUGGUGGCAUGCUUGCAGCCUGGUUCAGGAUGAAAUAUCCUCAUAUGGUAGUUGGAGCUCUUGCAGCUUCUGCCCCUAUCUGGCAGUUUGAGGAUUUGGUACCUUGUGGUGUAUUUAUGAAGAUCGUAACUACAGAUUUUAGUAAAAGUGGCCCAAAUUGUUCAGAAAGCAUUCGGAAGUCUUGGGGUGCCAUUACUCGACUCUCAAAUACAGGCACUGGUUUGCGGUGGCUUACUGAAGAGCUUCACUUGUGCAGCCCACUGACCUCUCCGGACAUCCAACAAUUGAAAGAUUGGAUCUCUGAAACCUGGGUGAACCUGGCGAUGGUAGACUACCCUUAUGCAUCUAACUUUUUACAGCCUCUGCCUGCUUGGCCUGUCAAGGUAGUAUGCCAAUAUUUGAAAAAUCCUGAUGUAUCUGAUACAGUGUUGGUGCAGAAUAUUUUCCAAGCUCUCAAUGUCUAUUACAAUCAUUCGGGCCAGGUGAAAUGUCUGAAUAUUUCAGAGACAGCAACUAGCAAUCUGGGAUCCCUGGGUUGGAGUUAUCAGGCUUGCACAGAAAUAGUCAUGCCCUUUUGUACUAAUGGUAUUGAUGACAUGUUUGAACCCCACUUAUGGAACUUGAGGGAAUAUUCUGAUGACUGUUUGAAACAGUGGGGUGUGACACCAAGGCCCUCCUGGAUCACUACUAUGUAUGGAGGCAAAAACAUCAGUUCACACUCAAACAUUGUUUUCAGCAAUGGUGAAUUAGACCCCUGGUCAGGAGGUGGAGUAACCAAGGAUAUCACAGACACUUUGGUUGCAGUCACCAUCGCAGAAGGAGCCCAUCAUUUAGAUCUUCGAGCCAACAAUGCCUUUGAUCCAGAAUCCGUGCUUGUUGCCCGCUCGUUGGAAGUCAAACACAUGAAGCAGUGGAUUGGAGAUUUCUAUAAGAUGGCCAGGAAGCAUCACUGAGCACGUUUUGAUAGUUUUCAGUUUCUUCUUUUAUGUUUACUCCACCCACAUUCCCACGCUCUUUGGUUUUUUCUAUGUAAUUCUCCUCAUUAUCAUUAGAUUUGGUGGGGCCAAGGUUAAGAGAGAAGAGAGGGUGAUGGUGGUUACAGGAGUCCUCCCAUGAGUAUGAUUUCCCAGGUCCUUGCUGUCUUUCUACCAACUCAAGAAAGCAUCUCCUUGUGACAGCUCUCCCACACCAUCUGUGACCCUCAUAACUGGAGCACAAUUCCUGACUAACUUUCAUGAGAGGGAGAGACACUUUCUUUGUUUCUCUGUAAGCAGAGAUUUCUCCUUGGUUUUGAGGUUGGAGUGUCAUUGGCCCAUGUGUAAUUCCUCGCUCUCACUCUCCAAAAAGGAAAAGCAAAAGGUAGAUAAAAGUGAUGUAAUUGCAGGAAGAAUAUCUGGUGCCAAUCAGGAAAUGAGAGCCAUUCCUUUUGUACUUGAUUCACUGACUUUGAACCGUGUUGUAAAUAAAGAAUAAGGCUGGACCUUAUACCUGU